GUCUCAACUAAAAUAUCAAUAUAGGGCGUGGAGGAAACUAAAAGUUAGAUUAGGAAUCAAGAAACGAAAGGAGGAAGGAAAAGGCAGUAUGGGACAGACGGAAAAGUUAGUAAACGGAAGAUGUGCUUCACGAACGAUCAGGCGCUGCUCCUGUCGCCUAAGAAAGUGAGGCCAUCGAGGAUUAUGGGAUUUGUAGUUUUACGUGUCAUUUGGUUGGAAGAUGGCGGAAAUGACAGCUGCGCAAACGCAGAAGCAGCUUCAGCUGCGCUUGCGCUUCAGUCCCCGGACCACUCCCCUGGGGUGGGAACGGUGCUUGUGCGUGGCCUCGCGCCUUUCCUUGUUGGCGGGAAAACUGAGCCGAGGUUGGGGGGCUUGCAGAACUGCUGCAGUGGCUCACUCUGCUCCUCGUCUUUAGGCCCUCCUUGCUCCAGAAGGUUCACGGAGUCUGUGUGGACUGUGUGUCUGAGGACAAUUCUAACAGGAGAAAAUUCAUCUGGAACAGAGGACCAGAGACUUGAGUUGUCAUAAAAGGCACAAAGAACGUAUAGCUUCUGAGCUAAAUGAUGGCAACGUUGCAGAGUAAAGAAGAACAUGGGAAGGGGUCAAAGAAAACCUUCGCCCCACCUGUACAAAAAAUGCAUAGCCUGAUGUGCUAUAGCCCUAACUCACCCAAGGAGGAGACCCUGGGGAUCAGUUCCUCAAAGGACAGGUUAGAGAAGAAGGAGGAGAAAGCAACCACAGAAAAUGGUCCAAGCAGUGGCCAGGAGAAAAAAGGAAAGGCUAAAGACAAGCAAGCAGAGAAGAAAGCAAAGGAAAAAUUAAGUCUCACCAAUGCAGAAUUUGAGGAGAUUGUCCAGAUUGUGCUACGGAAGUCCCUCCAGGAGUGUUUGGAGACUUCCUGUGCCCAGCCCAUAAGACGUACCCAAUUAGACAAGGAACCAGGAAUUGCUUCUUCUACUGAUAAUGAUAAUGCUGAUGGAGAGAAGGUAAUGGUACCUCAUAUUCUAGAGAUUUCAGCCACUAAGGAAGCUGGAGUGACCUCUGUGAUAGAGACACCUAAGCCAGGGCAGCCAGAUCCUCCGCCUUCUGAGAAGAAAUUCAAUAGAUUCUCCUUAAGCAAAGGAAAGAAAGGAGCCCAAGAUGAGAAAAUGGAGAAAGCCCAAAGUGGACGUGAGCCCAGACAGAAAGCUCAACUGAAAAAAACAGUUCAAAAUCAUUCUCAGAUCAGAAACCAACAAAAAGGAGAAGGCAGUGGUUUUGGUCAGUGUCUCGUCUGGGUCCAGUGUUCCUCCCCAAACUGUGAGAAGUGGAGGCGGCUUUGUGGGAACAUUGACCCCUCAGUGCUUCCAGAUAAUUGGUCCUGUGAUCAGAAUACAGACUUGAAGUAUAAUCGCUGUGACAUCCCUGAGGAGUCCUGGAUAGGGCAUGAGAGUGAUGUGGCCUAUGCCUCCUACAUUCCAGGAUCUAUCAUCUGGGCCAAGCAAUAUGGUUAUCCUUGGUGGCCAGGCAUGGUAGAAUCUGAUCCUGACCUGGGGGAAUAUUUUCUUUUUGCUUCUCAUCUUGAUUCCCUGCCGUCUAAGUACCAUGUGACAUUUUUUGGAGAGACAGUUUCUCGUGCUUGGAUCCCAGUUAACAUGCUGAAGAACUUCCAGGAGCUGUCCCUGGAGCUAGCUGGAGUGAAAAGGUGCAGGAACAAGGAUUGCAGUCAGAAACUGGGAGUGGCCCUGACGAUGGCUCAGGAGGCAGAACAGAUCAGUAUUCAGGAACGGGUUAACUUAUUUGGUUUCUGGAGCCGAUACAAUGGAUCUGACAAUAGUCGGGAAGGAAAAGACAUAACGCUUACUGGGGCUAACAGCCCAGAUUCCCGCUUGGAGAAAGAAGGGGAAGAGGCCGUGUUGGAGGAGGUGGAGGAGGAGGAAGAAGAGGAAAAAGACUCAACUUUGCCCAGUCCCAAGCCAGCCAAAAUUCAGACAAAAAACCCCAAGGCAAGAGGUGGGGGUGAUGCAGGCAUAGCAGAUGGACGAGAUGGGAUCCUGCAAAGAAAGACAACGAAGAGAUCUCUGGGAAAUGAAUCUGCAGCAACGCCUGUACGCAUAAUGGGAAGGAAAGAAGGACACAGGAAUUCAGAGCCUGACCAGCCAGGCCCUAAGAAAAAAUUUAAAGCUCCCCAGAGCAAAGCUGCAGGAACCAACUUCCCUGAGGACAAAGAAGCUAGGAUGGAGCCAAAGGGCCUGACCCCACCAGCUCAUCUUGGGGCUUGUCCCAUGGUGGGGAAAGAAAGCUCCAAGUGUCCUCAGGAGGCUGGAGGUGUCCUCCAUGACGAUGAAGCCUCCAGUGACCUGGACCUGGAGCAACUCCUGGAAGAUGUUGGAGAAGAGCCGGAGCAGCUGGAGGAGCCACAGUGUGGAGAUGACCCUGGGGAGUUCACCACGACCUUCUUUGAGGAAUAGCUGUGUGCUCCUGCCUCACCCACUUCCACAGGAGCAGCAGAGAGAGCCCCUCAGAGGGUCCCUGAGAAGCUACUAAGUGUGGGGUUUGUUCCUCAGCUACAGGUCAAUUGGCUAAAGUCACGGCUCUGCAGUUUAUGUGUUAAUAAAACAGGUUACUGGCUUAA